GUUCAUAUCAAAAUGGAGCAUCUACAGUGGUUACCGUUCCAGUGUCCAAUAUGUUCUGCUGAACGUGCAUCCGAUCUUCAAAUGCGUGAACAUAUCCACUCAUCACACAGAAAGAAUUCAAAUAAGUUUAUCUACGUAGACAAUCCGAGUGCGAAACGUCUACUGCAAAUUCUAAUGGAUCGUAGUUUAUCGAGUGCACGACGUCCAUCUUCGACACAAAACGGUCUGGCACAGUUGAUUGGUAGCUCUAGUUACGGUAGUAGCGAUUCAUCUAGCGCCAAUGGAAGUACAGGAACAACGAAUCGCGAGCGACCGCACACAAAUGGCUCUGAAGAAAGUGUAAGCUUAGAGAUACUUUCAGUUUCUUGCGAUUCGUUUAUCCGUACAGGCGUUGUUAUCUAUGUUAUCUAA